AUGUGUAUAUCUACAAGUGUGAAUCCUAUACAUCAAUUAUCAGAAGCCCACCAUGCCACUCACUCCACUCAAAGCAACAUCUCUCUUUUUUCAACUCUUCGGACAAUUUCUGCGGCGUCUGUGGCGUGCUCAUUGGAGUUUGGAGACCUUUUACGCAGAGGGUGGACUUUGGUCAAGAACGUGACUGGCGCAAUUUCUAUCGAGCGAGUACAGAUAGUUGCUAACAAGGCCAUUCUAGUUAUUGUCGACCAACACGAAGACCCAAAGACCGGGGCUCAACAGCGUCAUUACCGACUAUCCGGCAUCAACACCGUGCAAGGUCGCUGGGACCAAACCCUCCAGGUCCCCGGAGACAAACAUCAGGUUAGUCCUUCCGGCCACAAAGCUGGCUAUCCAGGGAAAACGACCACAGACACAGUCACGCUAUAUCGGGCUACAUACUGGGGCAAUCAGCACCAAGACGUCUACCCGCAUGGAUACACCAUCUACGCGCGAUGCUGGGAAUUGAUCGAGCGGGUCGUUUUUCGUAACUGCAGAAAUGGGUCGCAAAGCAUGGCGUAUAGACGCUUCGUGGCGGACCCGGUCGAUAUCCCUGAGCUGAAGGACCUUAUUGUGAAGAGUUCGAAAAGGCCACAACGCAAGAGGAAUCAUAGGCACAAUAAUAAAGCUCUAGUAUGCUCCCGCGAUGUCGAGAACGCCAUCCAAGCGUUUGGGUGGACUAUUCCAGAUUACUACUGGCAGAUCCGAACGCCGCCCUUCAUCUUCGAGGUAAAGCCCUUGGAUUCGACGACCAUGCCCUUCUUCGAUUGGCAAUCCUUCGCCCUGGGCGUGGAGGAGCUGCUCGAAACGUCGCUGGGGCUGCAGAAUCGUCGACGGAUAUUUCGGAUCCUGCAGGGGACGAAGAAGGCUUUCCACGUGGCUUUGAGAGAGAAAUUUGAGUAUUAA